AAAAAAAUUACGCAUGUGAGAUUUUUUACUACUGUCUGUCUCGAUUCCCUGAAACACACAGCACCGUGAAGAACCUUCAAGAGCUUUACAGGGGUGCCUUUUUGUGGUGUCAGCAACAAUCAGAAGAAAAUGCAAAAAUUCAUCUCAAUAGCUUGGAAUGCAUGGGAAAUUUUUAUAUCUGAAAGGAAACCUGGCUGGAAGUAUCAGAUGCAGCUUUUUGCAGUUUGCUGUGCAGUUGGCUUCCUCUCCAGCUUUCUAUUUUUCCUUAGCAUGCACUUCUCCUUGGCACACCACUCUUUGGGGCCCUUAUUGAUUUCUGGAUUCAUCUGGAUUUUGCUUUCUAUCAUGCUCUUCUGUUUCAAGCACCUGCGCUGUUUUAGUGCUCUGUUCCUCCUUUCUUGUGGACUGAAAAAUGGCAGAGAUGCUCUUAUUACUGCUGGCACAGGUGUUGUAGUGGCCAGCAACAUUCAAAAUAUUUUUCACAAUCUGAAGGUUCUGACAGACAGUAUAACUUGUCAUUUAAAGCAUGAGCAAUUUGCCUUGAUAAAAUAUUAUGUUGAAGCAAUAAAAUGGAUUUAUGAGGUGGCCAAGCUUCCUGCUGAGCUACCUAAAGAUAUAGUGGUCCUAAAGCAUGAAUUCACACCAUCUUAUUCAAUUUCAGAUGAUGCAUUAAAACAAGAGCUAAAUGACACAGAGCAAGAAAUCCAGAGAAUAGCUAACCAGAUAUCUUUUAUGUUGACUAUACUGCCCUAUAUAGGUCAGAAAGUAUUGCCUAUAUUUGGGGUUUUCCUAGUUUCUUUUGGAACUGGCCUCUUUAUCAAAAAAUUUGUGGGUUCUCAUAGUAUCAAAUUUAAGAAUACUUAUAUCACAAAACAGUUCAUUGCAUUUGAUGAACACCAAAAGCAACAGCAAAGACCUUGUCUUCUGCCACUUAACAGAAAAGAGAGAAAAGAUUACGUGACAAUCCCAUCCUUCUUCUUCACAAGAAAGGACAGGAAAAAAAUGCUGUGUUCUUUUCUCCCUGUAAUUAUUCAUCUUUGCAUCUGGCUUCUGUUUGCUGCAGUAGACUCUUUGUUUUAUUUGUUAAUUUUUUCUGUGAACAAAUAUCUCCAAGAAGUACCGGAUCUAGACAUUCAACUCAGUCUCUUUCAGAAUAACAAUGAGAAAAGCUAUAUAAUUUCUAUGAAAGAGCAUAUUGCAAAGACUGAUUCUUUCAAGAUCCCUUUGUUUAAGCAUAACUGCAUCCCUCAUCCAGAGCUUGCUCUCUCCAUGAUAUGGAUUCAGCUUGGAGUCAUCAUCUUCUUCUUAAUAAUUUUUGGGUUAUUCUCUGGCUUCCUGACCCAGCUUAAAAUACUUGUUUCAACUUCCUUUUAUCCUGAUACCGAGAUGAAACGGAUACGUUAUUUACAUGCAAAAUUACUCAAAAAAAGAGCAAAGCUACAAGAGAAAACUGGGAAGAACAUGUUUGCAAGAACGGUCAACUUUUGGUUUCCAAUCCUCAAGGCAAGAGAGGCAGUGAGGAAGAAAGAACUGAGUGUAACAGGAUGACCGGAUGAUGUGAAAAAGACCAAGUGAAUCCUUGGAUAUGGCUGAGAUGCUUUAGCUCCACCUGUGUUUUGCACCAUCUUUCCUAUGAAAUUUCAGUUCUGAAAUGUAAAAAUUUCACACACAAAGGCUGAGCAGCAGUAUUUUGGAAAAGAUGCCAUUGUGGAUAGUAUGUAGUUCACCACAGAUUGCUCUGGAUUGCAUCAACAGUUGUUUCUCAACUUAGCGUUUGCAUUAUCUGGUACUUGAUUUCUCAAGUACCAUAUAAAGUCAUGGAUGAUCUGUUCUUCUGUCUAAAAGCAAUAAAACAGUUUGGAGCUUUUAGGACUACAGCAGAAACCUCUUUGGGUUGAGCUCACAGAGGACGCCAGCAGCAGGUUUGUCUUCUUCACAUUUGCCAGACACUGAAGAUAGAAGACGCAGCAGAGACUGUCCAUUGCCUUCUGGGAUGGCCAAGAACUGGGACUUAGAUGUUUCUAGAUCUUUUUAUCUAUUUCUCAAGCCUCAAGCCCUUCAGCCUGGAUCUUUGCCAUCCCUAGCUUCUAGUCUUCUACCUAGUCUCCCACCCACAAUGCCUUACUUGGUCUGUCUCCCACUUCCACAUACCCAUGGACUGUAUCAUUAGUGCAGAUUGUACAAUCCCUUUGAUAAUCAUGACAGAGGUCAUGUAAAAGGUAGAAGUAAGAAUGGUCACAAGUGCUAGAAUAGAGAGGAAUCAAGUGCUGUGGGCGCAAACAAGCUUAUCUUUAAAAGCUAAGGCAUGUAAGUAGAGGUGAACAAUGUUUCAAAUCUUGCAGACUAAGGAAGCUUGAAGAGACAAAAAUGGUCUUAAUUAUGUUGCAUAAGCACCAUUGACUUCAAUGAAAUAAAACUGAUCCAAUACUGAAGUGCUUCAUCUAUUCAACCAACAUUGGUAAUGUGACCUUCAUAUGAUACAAGAACAAAUGCAAAACGUCUAAAGAUGUAGGAAUGACUUAUGUAGCUUUAGAGAUUUAAUGCAGAGCUAAAAAAUGUACCCAACAGGCAGUGUAUUUCUGAUUUUCAGCCACAGCCAACUUCCUUUUUUAGACUGGAUAAUAGGAAAUUCUGCUCCCUUCCUCUAUAAUACAUGCAUGGUUUCAGGACAGCCAUUGAUCAAUGUCUCUGUUAUCUGAAUGAAUUAAGACUUAAAACUGGUUGCAAGUGUCAGAAGUUAUUUUCCACUUAAACCACUGAAAAACAUGAAGAUUGUUUUUCUUUGGGCCUUCCAAAGUCUCACUUCUUCAUGCAUGCAGGUGGUUCAGGUUGCUGGUAUGACAACAAUUUGUCUCUGGGAAAUGGUACUGGAUUAAAGCCAUGCAUUAUUGAGAGUUGUGCUGAAUGUCUCUGAGAGGCCUAUGUCCUUUUUGUUAAAGUGGGACAGCCUGAAAUAGUAGCAGAAUGUCAGCUUGUAUUUUAGGUGCUACUGUCAAGCACCAGCAGCAAGAAGCAUUCUGGUGAGAGAGAAGCAAUUAGGAGGUUGCUCUAAAUUUGGACUCACAGAACAGAAUAGCUAUACAGGUACUAUUGAUAAGAGGAUCACACUCUUGUUAUCCUCGCAGAUGAAAGGGAAAGAGUUACAUGUGAAUAAGAGCUAAAUUUUUUUGGCAGAGUUCUGAGUAAUCACUGGCAGGAGUUGCAUGUGCUCCUUUCAAUCCCAAAGGACAAGCUCAAGUAUGGGAGCAAGCCUGAUUUACAGCACUACGACAAAACACCACACACAUCAUCAGGAGGAAAACUUUGUUUUGGAGUUUCUUGCCUUUCCUGUUUGAUGGUGCUGCCACUCAGAAUACCUUUUCACUCUGUUGUUCUACAAGGAGGAAGCGAAAGGUUUGCAGCCCAUGGGAAUGGUUCAUCAAAAUGACUCAGAUGUUGGGCAAUCACGGGGAGAGAUGUCUAAAUCUGUUAGGAUUUUGAGCUCUGUAGUACACUUGCAGGACAAUGCCAUGUCUGCAUUUUUCAUUUAUUUAAGUUCAGCCAAUGUUGAAUGUAGACACUCCCCUCCCUACCUGUCAGGACAAUUAAAUAUUGCUUAGUUUGACCUUCAAACCGAUAAAAGCUAAUCCUUCUUGAGUAACUAAUUGUAAUUCUGUACAAUAUGUCUGUUCUGUUAAGUAUUUUACCUAGAUGCUUGACCCCACUACCAGUGACAGAAGAUAUGGAAAAGCCCAAGGUAUUUAUUUUUCUUGGU